AAGCGCUCCAGCCUAGCUCCCUUGUGGGACAGAGCUGCGCACUGUGCAGAUCAGGAGCUCCGCACCGCGGCUGCCGCACCCUUCCCUCAGCGGAACGCUGCGCGCAGGUAACGAUCUGCUCAAAUUACCGGAAGCGAGAUUCCGUUCAGGUGACGGAGGCCGAAACCCACCGCGCUAAAGUUUCAGGGACGUGAAAACUCCCCCCGGGGCAGAGCUUUGAUGUGAUCCAUCCACCUCCUCCACCUUGGGACAAACGCUCGUUUCUUUAAAGUGUUUUAUUUUUAUUUCUUUCGUCUUUCAAAACUCGAUGUUUGUGGAGCGCAAGUGACCCGAGGAGGACUCGACCAAGGACGAAUUAAAAACCUGGAUCUAAAACUGCAAAGAGCUAAUUCAGCAAAACACGUCAGAUUUGAUGCUGGAUUACCAUUUCCUACCAUUUUCCAGCUGAUGGCAUGCCAAUCUCCAUCCCAUCGAGGCGGACAAGUCUGAAUACCGUCUUUCGUUCUUGGACCUGCCCAUCAACAAAGCUGCCGUUUUUUGUUUUUUUUGUUGUUUUUUUUUGGAUCUAACUGAUAUCUCAGCAUGGCAUAUCCUGACAAAGAUGGAUGCUACAGAAACUACUCAGUCAAAUUUUUUUAUGAGGAGAGUGGCAAAAACAUCAGUGACUACUGGCGCAAGCGAGACUAUCUGGUUGUCAGUUUGGGUUUGACUGUUUCCUUCAUAGUUAUUUUUUCCAACCUCUUGGUCAUCGCUGCCAUUUUUAAAAACAGGCGCUUUCACUAUCCCAUCUACUACCUGUUAGGUAAUCUGGCUGUAGCAGACUUGUUUUCAGGUGUCUCCUAUCUCUACUUGAUGUUUCAUACUGGGCCCUGGACCAUAAAGCUGACUAUAGUCCAGUGGUUUGUGCGUCAGGGUCUGAUUGACACCAGCCUCACAGCCUCGGUCCUCAAUCUUCUGGCGGUGGCUGUGGAGCGUCACCAGACCAUAUUCAACAUGCAGCUGCACAGCUCAAUGAGCAUACGCCGGGUUUUCCUUAUCAUCUUGUUGAUCUGGGUGGUGUCCAUCGGCAUGGGCCUGAUUCCCAACAUGGGAUGGAACUGCCUGUGCAACCUGGAAACAUGCUCUACCAUGGCACCAAUGUACAGCCGCAGCUACCUGAUUUUCUGGGCUGUUCUCAACUUGCUGACCUUCUCCAUCAUGGUGGCCGUCUACAUGCGGAUCUUUUUCUAUGUGCGGCACAAGAACAGGCAGAUGUCUCAACACACAAGCCAGAACAGAUACAGAGAGACUGUGAUGAACCUGAUGAAGACCGUUUCAAUGAUUCUAGGGCUGUUUGUCGUCUGCUGGACGCCUGGCCUCGUCGUGCUGCUGCUCGACGGUCUGAAUUUUGAUAAGAUCGUGGUGUUGACACUGGAGAAGUACUGCCUGGUGCUGGCCGAGUGCAACUCUUUUGUCAACCCCAUCGUCUACUGCUUCAGGGACUCCGACAUGAGGAAGACCUUCGAGAGAGUCCUGUGCUGCCUGUGCAAGAGGGGCAACAAUCAGAACGGCAAAUCCGAAGCUCCAUUUGCCUACACUGAGACAGAGCACCAUACUGUCCGGAAAAAAGGGGACAACAACGGGACUGUUCUCAUACGCCGAGAUGCGGACAACAACCCAGUAGCGUCAGAGGGCUUCCUGUAAAGUUCAGCUCAAGACCUGAACAAACAGCUGAUUGUCGAUGAAUCAAAGGAGAAACUUCACCAAGCAUUCGACCGUUAAACUGACCCACAGCGGCUGUUUUAUACAAAAGAAAGUGAAAGGUUCCAGAGGUUUUCUAGAAAAGACAGAUUGGAUUUUUUUUUUACUCAAAUGAUCAGCUGAUUUUUCCUCAAGGAGACUUAGACGGAGGAAAGACUCCUGGAAUUAGCAGACAAGUGUGCAGAAGAAAUAAAAAUACCAAGAAUUGACUAAAGAUGAGCCUGCGGUGGCAUCAGGUCAUGAUUAUCUUAUGAAACUACUCUUAAAUUGCUAAUUCUACAUCCUGGAGCUGUUUUAGCCCAUGAUCCUAGAUCUGUGAGAUCAGAAAGGAUUUCCAUCUGCUUCGUCCUGUUGAUUCAUGUUUUGAGGUGCAAAAGAAGAGCGAAAAGGCUCCGCCUCCAGAUAUCUGAUUUAACCCUUGUCUUGUUGUUUUAUGAGUAGAUAAAUGUUUGCAAGGAUGCAAAAGGCAGCUGAACUUACAAGAACCAGUUGGAUUUCUUAUUUAAAUAUGUAAAGAGUCUUAAGUCUUUACAAGCAGCCUAUGUUUUGCACGGAGACCUAUUCUUUUUGGUUUCUCCCUCCCAAGUUGGUGAUUGUUUUAGGAUUUUUGUAACCCCAUUCGAAUUACGUUUUUAAUUUUUCUCUAGUUUUAUCCUGACUUCUCCAGCUUCCGUGCCAACUUUUUAUUAGUUUUUUUUAAAUAUAUAUUUUAAAUUAUUUAACUGAAGUCUUCAUAGAUUACCGCUCUGAUAAAAGCUUUUUUCAAGGUUUCCCUUCAUACUCGGCGGUCUGGAGUUUGAACUUUGACCCUUUACUUCCCCGUUCCACUUUUUCAGUAGCUAUACAGAAGAAAGUACGUUCACAGCUUCAUAAAACAAACAUCUGAAUAAGCUGCCACAGAAGAAAGCCAAAGAAUCACGAGUAAAGUUAAUACAACAAUCUAACAUGUUGCAUUAACACACCUGAGGCUUUUUAAAAUCAUUUUUCUUUUUGCAUCAGCUCCUGCUUGUUUUAUAUUUUUAUGACUAUUUUAUGUGAUUCUCAACAUUAUUGUGCACCAUAAACAACAAUGAACUAUUUUUUUGCUAUUUUUGAAAGAAGUGCCCUGUUGGGUUGUGCAGAGUGUUUAUUUCUUAUUUAUUUGCAGCUAUGGCAUGUUUAGUUUGGCUAGUUACAGAAUGUAUAUUUGUUUGAGAUGAACUGUUGCAAAAACACCUGUAAGUUGUGUGAUACAAAACUUUAUUGAUCACAGUUGUUAGCGCAGGCAGUCGGCUCAUGUAAAAUCGAACAGGUGUAGCUUUAAUAUUUAAUGUCGUCUUAUUUCUGAGCAAAACCACUUGAUGUAGCUCACAAUAAUAAAAACUUGAUGUACUUUAGAA